AUGAGAAAAAACAGUAUUACACGUGUUGUUAUUGCAACAACAGCUUUUGGGAUGGGAGUAGACAUCCCAGAUGUUCGAUUUGUUAUUCAUUGGGGUGCAUCCCGUAGCAUACAAGGAUUUAUGCAAGAAAGUGGGAGAGCAGGAAGAGAUGGUAUUACAUCAACAUCUGUAUGUUAUUAUCAUCCUGUUGAUACAGCAAAAAAUAGUGCAGAUGAACAAAUGAUCAACUACUGUAAAACAAGUGCAUGUAGGAGAAAUAUUCUGGUUCAACAUUUUUCUCCAGAUAUACCUCAAUCUAACACCUCACAUCCAUGUUGUGAUAACUGUAUAAAGGAGUGUUCAUGUUGUGAUUGUUUAAUGUUAAACAAAGAUUUUAUAACAGACAAAGAAGAUAACAUGCUUUGCGAAAUUAAUGGUAUUAAACCUUAUAGGCAAGUCUCUAGUGAUCAAAGAAAUGCAAUUCAAAUAGAUUUAGAGAAAAUGGUCGCUGAAUUAGCCAAAGAACAUGAUCACCUUUCUGUUUUGAGUGUAGACAUUUUAACCCAUUUUAGGAAACAGAUGAUAUCUGAUAUUGUAAACAACAUUCAUUACAUUUUUGAAAUUUCAGAUCUGAUGGAUAACUUUGUUUAUGAAAGAAGAAUAGCUGAUAUGAUCAUGAAUAUUAUAGACACCCAGUUAGAUUGA